GGUCACCCGCCGGCCGACCCGCUGCCCACAGUCGCAGGGUAGCGCUGCUGGUCACCACCCCGCCCAGACGUGCCGCCGCCCUGCACCGCCAGUGACGCAGUCGUGCGAGAUGCUCUGUCAUUUGCUGCUGUCGCUUUGGGUGACGACAAGUCUGGUGUUGGCACGUCCACAAGACCUCUCAAUUCUUCCUCCUGAUGAAGUGGAGGUUGCCACGCCCAGCGUGCUGACUACUUCCAGCCUUCCUGGACCUGGGUCCGGGUCUGCUGUCACGGAGUCCGCCACCGAAGAGGCUGAAGGAGCCGGGGCAUCCGAGACUACAGAGUCCACUGAUGAACCAGAGCCGCCCGGAGGGACCGAGGCGUCCACGCAGUCACCCGAGGGGGACGAGACACUCACCAGGUCGCCUGACCUAACUGAGUCACCGGCGGGUACAGGGCCAUCUGAGGACGGCAAACAGUCCAGUGGAGCAGAGCGGUCCGAGGAGACCGCAGCCCCCGACGAAGCCGAAUCCUCAGAGGUGACGACAGCUCCCAAGACGGCUGGUUCCGCCGAGGAAGCUCAAACGCUAGAUGCAGAAAGCCGACCAGUGGAGCGGCAGGACGUGGGUCAGGACGAGGGCUCGGAUGGUUCUCAGGACGUGGGUCAGGACGAGGACCCGGAUGGUCCCCGAGACGUGGGUCAUGAUGCCGGACAAGGCGUGGGUCAAUUGGCAGACCGGGCGGAGGCUAUUGCCGAUGACCAUGGCACGGCCCAGGCCGCCGAAUCAGAAGCGUCACAGAGUCAGGACGGUUGGCGAGACGCGAGCCAGGCUGCCGCGGCGACCGCCCAGGAGACGAGCACUCUUGCUACAGCCUUUUCCAUCGGAACGCCACCACCGACCGCCUCGACCGACGAGGCACCGUUGGCAACGACGGCCUGGCCCAACAACGACCCGGAACCGACCAAAGCCGAGUCGGCCAUCGCACCUCCCGCAACGGAACCGGCGCUGGUGACCGCCGAGCCGGAGCCGGAGCCGGAGCCGGAGCCGGAGCCGGAGCCGGAGCCGGAGCCGGAGCCAGAGCCAGAGCCAGAGCCAGAGCCAGAGCCAGAGCCAGAGCCAGAGCCAGAGCCGGAACCAAAAUCGGCCGAGCCGACACAGAGUCCUGCGAGACCAGAGCCAGUGCCGGAGCCAACGUCGGCCAGACCGACAUGGAAUGAAGCCGACGGACAGCUGGACAGGUACCUGGAGGUUCUGGACAGGUCCCUGGAGACGGAGGCCGAGACAUCACAUGCUGAGGGCCGGAAGUCACAGCACGGUGACCAGCUGCGGAGCGCGGGCGCUUCUGCGGAGCUGGAGCCGCUCGCCAAGGAGGAGACGCCCGGAAGAAAAGGUGCAGUGGCAGAACCCGAGCGUGCGAGCACGGGGACGUCUCCGGUGGAGCUCAACCUGGACGAGGUGUACCAGAGGGGCGUCAAGGCUCAGCUCACGCAGAGCCUCGUGCUCGCCCGGUCCGUGGAGAACACCAUGCACGAGGUGUUCCUGCGGCCCCGUGAGGUGGAGUACCGGCUCGGGCAGCACAGGGUCACCACCUUCAUCGCCGAUCUGACGGUCAGCGGAAUGGACGUCCUGAAAGUUGUAGAAUCAAGCAUGGACAUGGAGGACAUGGUGAUGAACGUUACAAUAGAUUUUCCCGAGAUCAGGCUGUCGGGCAACUUCAACGCCUCCGGCUCCAUAUCCGGACUUCAGAAGGAGAAGCUGGUGUACCUCAGGACGUCGUUCCCCAGCUACGGCUUCGGCGACAUCGAAGCCGUGAUCGCCAAUACCACAGCGGUUGCCCGAGCUGAGCUGGGGCACUCCGUCAAUGACCGGAAGCUUGCCGUCGAGCUGCUGAUCUGUGACGUAGCCUUCGGUGACCCAGAGGUCAGGCUGUCCAGCGUCAAAAUACCGCGGGCAUUGGAGAAGCUCGACUUUGUUCGACUAUUCGGAGAGGCCGUGCGCAAGAUGAUACUGCACCAGAUGACCGCUGAAAUCGAGCCGUCCGUAGAGGCCUCUCUGCACGAGGCAAUCACGAAAGAGCUGGACCGAGUCACGCUGGACAGGGAAGCUAUCGAGGAUCACUGGCGCCAGGCGAACAGCGACAGAAUCUAGCCCGAGUCAGCUGACCGCUUCACACCACGACUUCUCGCAACGAGACGGCCAUACCCUCGGACUUUGGCAAUGAACAGACCGAGCUGGAUAUUGGGCCUUGGUUUACGUGGAUC